UGUUGUUGCACCUGUACCAGUCUCUGCUCUGGUUCUUCCCUACACACAGGAAGCAGCCUCACACAGAGGUAGCCCGACUCCAGACUACUUUUGUAACAGAUCUUACAGGAUGAACAAUGACUACACAGAGAUUAGUCCCUCUGAUCCCUCUGUCGACGCCUACACCACUCCCCUGAUUGCCGUGAAGGCCGAGAUCGGCUACCAGCACAAGAAGCGUCGUUACGUCCGCAAAGAUGGCAACUGCAAUGUCCUGUUCCGCCAUGUUCCUGAGGAGUGGCUCAUGUACGUCACCGACAUCUUCACUACGCUGGUGGAGAUAAGGUGGAGAGUUAUGUUCCUCAUCUUCACCCUCUCUUACACCCUCUCCUGGCUCUUCUUCGGCAUCCUCUACUGGUUGAUCGCCCUGGCUAACGGCGACAUCAAGGACCCUACUAACGCCCCUUGUAUGUACGAGGUGAGGGACUUCACCGCGGCUUUCCUAUUCUCACUGGAGACCCAGACCACAAUCGGUUAUGGUUUUAGAGGGAUGUCGGAGAACUGCAUGGUGGCGAUCAUCGUCGUCACCGUGCAGGAUGUCAUCAGCUGUUUUAUUGAUACAUUCGUCAUCGGUAUCGCUAUGGCAGAGAUGGCAUCGGCACGGAAACUGACGCAAACAGUAGGCUUCAGCAACUGCGCUGUCAUCAACUUGCGAAAUGGCCGUUUGUGCCUGUCAUGGAGGAUCGGAGACUUCCGCCAGCACCACAUGGUGGAGGGGAUGGUUCGUGCUCAAAUCUUCCGCCCCACCAUGCACACCACUGGGAGGGUGGACAUCAACUACAAGGACCUGGAAAUCAAACAGAGUGAUAUCCUUUUAGCCAUACCAACCACCAUCUUCCACAUUAUUGAGCCCGGUACUCCACUCUACCGCAUGAGCCUGGAGGAUCUUCGGAAAGAAGACUUUGAGCUGGUGGUGUCCUUCACCUACACAGACGACUCGACGGGCAUCCUGCACCAGACUCGCACCUCCUACACACCCGACGAGAUUCACUGGGGACAUCUGUUCCAAGAUAUGCUGAAUGUAAACCUGAAAUACUACAAGGUAGACUACUCCAUGUUCCACCACACUGCUAAAGUCCUGAUUCCGGAGGUCAGCGCAGAAGAGUACGAUCAAAUUAAGCUUCGGCGUUCCCCACGCCACUCCCCGCGCCACUCCCCGCGCCACUCCCCGCGCCACUCUCCGUGCCACUCCCCACGCAUCUCCCCGUGCCCCAAGCGCCCAAGCAUUAAUUGCAAUCCCCCGAUGGUGACUGUGGAACUGGUAAAUGGCACCACAGAAGCUGAGGUACAUGCAGCCAUGGCUGCUACUAUCGCAGCAGUUUGCGAGGACCAAGGACAUUUGUGUCUUCCAAGGAACCCCAUUCUGACGUAGAUGUUCUGCUGACAUGGCAAUACCAACACAAUUUCAUUGUAACUGGCCAAUGGUCAUUCAGAAACAUGGCCAUUGCAGUCUGCCUUUACUAUUGUACAGGCUCUGUACACUGAAGUUGCUUUUAAAUGCUGAAAAGACAAAGUUGAUUGUUUUCACGAAAUCUAAGAUGAAUCCUCAGAUUCUUACACGUACAGUCAAUGUGCAGGACAAACAAAUAGAAAGACUAGCAACUAAGAGGUAUUUUGGUUUCUCGAUAGAUGAAUGUCUCACCUUUAAACCCCACAUUGUACGUCUUGUACUUGGAAUUCUUGAUAGAUGAGUGUCUCACCUUUAAGUAUCGUAAGUCUUGCGAAAAAGUUUUUAUUUUCGUAUUAAGUCAUGUUUUUCAUUAGAAGCGAGAAAGAUGCUUGUUCCCACUACUUUCUUACCUGUAAUUGAUUCUGGUGAUAUCCUGUACAUGUGAUUUCAUUGCGUAUGCUGGACUGGGUACCACGGAGCACUGAAGUUUGUUACUCACUCCAGAGCCCUCACUCAUCACUGUACUCUCUAUAUGAGAGUGGGCUGGUCUUCCUUAGCUUUUCGGAGAUGAAGUCAUUUGUACGUUUUUAUUUAUAUGGCCAUAUUGAGACGGCUCCCAUUUUACUUGUGUAACUACAUUGUCCAGCAUACAAAUGAAAACUAUCGCCUGCGCUCACAUGACUGGGUUUUGUUGAUUGUGCCAAAGGCCCGUACAGAGAUAGGUGAAAACACUUUCCAGUUCUCUGCUCCUUCCACUUGGAACAAGCUUCGAAAGGCCCUAAAAUCACAGGAACUCAUCCCUUAAAAUGAGUUUAAAGCUCGGUUAAAUUCUAGAAUGGAAUAUAAGUUUAAAGGUUAAAUUCUAGAAUGGAAUAUGAGUUUAAAGCUCGGUUAAAUUCUAGAAUGGAAUAUGAGUUUAAAGCUUGGUUAAAUUCUAGAAUGGAAUAUGAGUUUAAAGAUAGGUUAAAUUCUAGAAUGGAAUAUAAGUUUAAAGCUCGGUUCAAUUCUAGAAUGGAAUAUAAGUUUAAAGCUCGGUUAAAUUCUAGAAUGGAAUAUGAGUUUAAAGCUCGGUUAAAUUCUAGAAUGGAAUAUGAGUUUAAAGCUUGGUUAAAAUCUAGAAUGGAAUAUGAGUUUAAAGCUAGGUUAAAUUCUAGAAUGGAAUAUGAGUUUAAAGAUCGGUUAAAUUCUAGAAUGGAAUAUGAAUUUAAAGCUCGGUUAAAUUCUAGAAUGGAAUAUGAGUUUAAAGCUCGGUUAAAUUCUAGAAUGGAAUAUGAGUUUAAAGCUCGGUUAAAUUCUAGAAUGGAAUAUGAGUUUAAAGCUCGGUUAAAUUCUAGAAUGGAAUAUGAGUUUAAAGCUUGGUUAAAUUCUAGAAUGGAAUAUGAGUUUAAAGCUCGGUUAAAUUCUAGAAUGGAAUAUGAGUUUAAAAAUCGGUUAAAUUCUAGAAUGGAAUAUGAGUUUAAAGCUCGGUUAAAUUCUAGAAUGGAAUAUGAGUUUAAAGCUUUAAAAUCUAGGAUCUAAAAUGAAGUAGGGGGCUGUCAAUGUUUUGACUGCUAGUUUAACCACACUUUCCCAAAACAUCUUGCUGUUCAAUGUGUAAAUAGAUUUUUUUUUUAACUGUAGUGCUUUGUGUUUUAUGUUGUAAAUGUGUCUGCAACUUUGUGUGCUGUAUAACUUAGUUCUACAUUUGUAUCCGUACCCAUUGGAUGCAGUGAUCACAAUAUAGUGGCUUUGUCCAGGAAAACCAAUGUUCCAACAGCUGGACCUAAAAUAGUAUAUAAGAGAUCAUACAAAACAUGUUGCUGUGACUUAUGUGGAUGAUGUAAAACAAUAUUUGUUGGUCUGAUGUGAUUUAUAAGAAACAUCCAGAUGCUGCACUUGAUGCAUUUAUGAAAUUGCUUCUUCCAAUUUUUUGAUAAACAUGCACCUGUAAAGAAACUGACAGAACUGUUAUGACUCCAUGGAUUGAUGAGGAACUGAAAAACUGUAUGGUUGAGAGAGAUGGGGGCAAAAGAAGUGGCUGCACAUCUGUCUGGCUACACAUCUGACUGGCUACACAUCUGACUGGCUACACAUCUGUCUGGCUACACAUCUGACUGGCUACACAUCUGACUGGCUACACAUCUGACUGGCUACACAUCUGACAGGCUACACAUCUGACUGGCUACACAUCUGACAGGCUACACAUCUGACUGGCUACACAUCUGACUGGCUACACAUCUGACUGGCUACACAUCUGACAGGCUACACAUCUGACUGGCUACACAUCUGUCUGGCUACACAUCUGACUGGCUACACAUCUGACUGGCUACACAUCUGACUGGCUACACAUCUGACUGGCUACACAUCUGUCUGGCUACACAUCUGACUGGCUACACAUCUGACUGGCUACACAUCUGUCUGGCUACACAUCUGACUGGCUACACAUCUGACUGGCUACACAUCUGACUGGCUACACAUCUGACUGGCUACACAUCUGACUGGCUGAGUUACUUAAAAUUGAGAAAUGAUGCGACUAAACUCAACAAAAAGAAGAAGAAACUGUAUUAUGAGAUCAAUGAUAUAAAGACUGAUGGAAAUGAACUGAUGAUUUGUACUCCAACAGUGGGCCAUCGUACUCACGCAUAAAGAAACAUGUCAUGAAAGGAAAGCAAUGCAAGUUUGAAUUUUGUA